AUGGCGACAUUACAACAUAGUCGACAAAUCAUGUUUGGACAGCAAAUGGCUACAGGCAACGGAGCACAAGGCGGCCAUAUUCCUUACCAAGUGCUUUCAGCCAGACAGGACGGCGCACGCGGCUGGAGUUUCUCGACACAACAGGUAGAUAAUCACCAGCCAGAUGAACUAUGCGACGUUAAGUCGAUGACCGGGGAAUACCCAGCAGUACUCGGGGUUGAUAUUGGAUCUUUGAGGGAUUUCCGGCGCCACAUUACGGCCUACCUAGCCAAAAAGGCAGCCGAUAGAGGAAUGGUUGUUACAGUAAGCUGGCAUGACAACAACCCGGUCACGGGUCAAUCCUUCUAUCUAAGUAAGGACCAUGGUAACGUGCUUCACUCUAUCAGGAGAAUACUUCCCGGGGGAGACCACCAUAACAACUUCACACGACAGCUAGACGUUGUUGCUGACUGGCUAAAUCAUCUUUACGAUUCCCAGGGGAAGAAGAUUCCUGUCAUAUUCCGACCUUUCCAUGAAAUGAAUGGCAACUGGUUUUGGUGGGGAACGAACUCUCGUACUCAAAAUACCGCACAUGAAUACAUACUAUUGUACCGGUUUGUAGUGGAAUACCUCCGAGACCAGAAAAGAGUCCACAAUGUGCUGUAUGCAUACUCUCCCGGGAAGCUGCACCACAACUCGGAUUAUAUGAAAUACUACCCUGGAGAUAAUUACGUCGACAUUCUUGGAAUGGACUUUUACUAUUCCAACAAUACUUCCAGUCCACCCACUCUGACUCAGUACCUACAACUAGUGACAUCCUACGCUCGCUCUAAAGGGAAACUUGCCGCAAUGACCGAAAUCGGUAUCAGCGACAAUGGAAUCGACACUCAACACACGUUCUGGACCGAUAAAGUGUUGAACGUUAUAAAGAGUGGCCACUUCCAACACAAACUAGCCUAUCUUCUAACCUGGCAGAAUGCUUGUUCUGAUUCUCACUGUGCACUAUUUGUACCAUACAAAGGCCAUCCAGCGGAAGCAGAUUUCAUGAAGUUUUAUCACGACGGUAUAACUGUGUUUUCCUCCGACAUUCCACAGUUCUAUCCUCACAUUUCUGUUAUAGGGUAG